AUGGACGUGACUUCGCUAUUGAACUCGGCCUCGGCGGCGGCGGCGCUGCAGCGGAGGGACUCGGUUGGCAGCUCAACGCCCUCGGCCACGGGAGACACUACCGCAACGUCAACGGCGGUACCUACCCCUUCCCCUGACCGCACUCCCUCCAGACGGGCAAGUGGGGCGUACUCGCCAGCCAGGAACCGGACGCCAUGGGACGCGGGUGGCUACUCGCUGCCCUUGACGCUCGAUACCAAAUCGAUCCGAACUUCGUCUGCCACCAGGCCCGCCUUCUACAGCGAUUCGCCGACAGAUGAUCCAAGAUCGGCCAGCCCAAAGUCCCCCAAGCAUAAAUUUUCAGACUCGCACAGCAGCCUGUCCUCAUAUACCUCUUCAUCCACAAACUCAGUCUCGCACUCGAGAAUAUCCUCCUUAUCUACCGUCAGCGAGUCACAGAAUCUCGCAUCACUCGUAACCGAUAUAUCCCUCUCGCUAGAUAGCCACAAAGCACCGCCAUCCUCGUCACUGAACUACAACAAUAACAAUAACAGCGAAACAACGUCCACGCCCACCGAAAACGGCCGAGGCAGCAUGGGCAGGGGCCUGGCAAGUGGAGGGAGAAAGCCCUCGACGUCUCCCGUGAUGAAUGCCAGUUCGCCUUCCGACGCGGUCAUGAUUAAGCGUGGAGAGGGGGCAGCGGCGGGUGCGGCUUCGGGUGCAGCAGCGGGUGCAGCUGCCACUACGUCAAGGUCAGUUGAUGCUACUGCUAUUUGA